AAACAGCGUCAACAGCGUUGACUGACGGUGUUGACAUGGACAAAUUUGAACAAAUAAAUAACUAAUUUUGGCGCAAAAGUAAUGACUGAGGCUCAAAUUUUGGACAAAAUUACUAAGUAUAAAAAAUUCUUCCCAAAAUUCUCACAAGGCAAUCACUUGGAGUUUUUCGAGUAAAUUCCUAACCUUACUUUUUUUUGACGCCGGAUUCAAAACUCGAAAAGCUUGCCGUUUUAAUUAACAAAACAUCACUAAAUAGCUCAAAUAACAUUAUUCAAGAAACUAGACAAAAGCAUGGCUGCUAUUAUAGCGACUCCAUCUGACAACUUGACUCAAAAUACAUUCACCACCACAAAAGCAACAUGCGACCCUGUGAGACUAACGUUCCAGAAUCCCUUUUUCUCACCCGCCUAUUAUGCCCUCGCGAACCGGAAGGACAUUUGGCACAAGUUUAUCCUCUUUCACUCAGGAUCAUCCCAGAAAAAAGAUAUGCUCGAUGCUAUAAUUUUAGCUUCCGCACCCGAGGUUCUCAUUCCCACUUUUUACCAGGAAGAAUCAAACAUAAAAGCCUCCUUCCUGGCAAGAUGUGGUGCACAAGUAAUCGACAGUCUCAUGAAAUACAGCCUACAGGUUCCCCUCGCCAAUGGAGAGUACGUCCGGAUGGAUAUAGUUCUCGGAUAUCAAACCUCAAAUGAACUGCAAUUAAAUCCGCAGAACGUGAUUUGCAGAAUCGCUCAACAGAGGUACGAGCCUAUCAGGAAAAGCCUCAACCUGGACAACUUCCAAAAUGACAAACGCCUCGGUCCCGUCUACUGCUCGAUAUCAUCCCCAAAAUGUUUAAAUCUCGCUCUACGUUGCGCGAGAAGUGCAAUUUUAAGCAACACACGAGAAAUGAAAUUACCGGUUCGUGAGCUCAGCAUGAGGUCAAACGAAUUCGUGGUUUUCAUCCCGCAAGAAAAAUUCUUUAACUUCCACUUGACCAAGAUCGACUUCAGGGACAACAAGCUCACGGAUUUCAGACAAUUGGGUUACUUUUCUGAAUUCAACAUCAUGGAACUCUGGGUCGAUGGAAAUCCACUCUGCCAGAAUUUUACUCGAGCUGAUGAUUAUGUGAGAGCCGCGAAAGCAGUUUUUCCACACCUGCAGGUUCUCGACGGGGUCAUGAUUGGUGUGGAGAAGAAAUUUGUGCCGACAAUACAGAGACAUUUUCUCGGGGAUGGCUCGAAACUGCCUCUUGUCAAGCAAUUUGUGAUGCAUUAUUUCAAUUUGUAUGAUCAAGCUAACAGAUCGGUUUUGAAUGGAUUGUACGACACGGGAGCGAUGUUCUCGAUGACGCUCGGACCAAUCACGAAUUUUUCGCACAUGCAGCUGUUGAAACCCUUCGCCACGAAUCGGAAUUUGCUCAAAUUCGUCGAUUACGCGAAAUGUCACGAGUUUUUAUUGCACGGACCGGAAGACAUUCUUAAUGCGCUCGUUCGGCAACCAAAAACGGUUCACAAUCCGAACAAUUUCCAAAUUGACUUGCUCUACCAAUCGCACAAUUGCUUCUCGAUAGCGAUUCAAGGAUACUUUUCCUUCCGGGACUAUCCUUUUCCGCCUCUCGCUUUCACGAGGACAUUUAUUGUCAUUGCGAAGGAGGACAAUGAAUAUUGCAUUUGCAACGAUCAGUAUCACAUUGAGAGUGUCCCUCCGGAUGCUAAAAUUUUGCAGGCUAAUGAAAAUCGGGGUUUAGAACUGAGACCUCCGCCGAGAUACUCGCCGAUUCCUUUGAGCAAUGUCGAGAGGGAGCAACUUUUGAGAUUCAUUCACGAAUUGACGGGGAUGAAUCGCGAAUAUUGUGUGAAGAGUUUGGAGAAGGCGAAUUGGGACGUGAGGACUGCGAUUAAGAACUUUAUGCAGGCUUACACGCUCAACGAAGUGCCAUUUGAAGCCUUCAAGUAGUUUAAAUUAUUUAUCGAGGGUCGAGGUUUGUAGAAAAAAAGGUAGAAGAACUUUAUGUUUGUUUUGCAUAAAAUCUAGUUGUAAUAAUGAUUAGAAAUGAAGGAUUUCGAUCAAGCCAGGCAAUAAAUUCUCAUGAAAUUAAGGAACAGAAGAUAUGUUUUUGUAUCAAACUAGAGCAAUGUUUUAUUAAUGCAAAAUGCAUGACACCAUGGACGAAUCUAAUCAUUUUGAUGUAAUAAAAAUU